AUGCGUCAGCUGGAGAACGAGCAGACGAUUCUGGAGGAGCUCCGAACCUGCCCGCGCGUGGUUCGGCUGCUAGGCUCGGCAUGGGAAUCCGACCCUGCGUCGGGGGCUCGGGUGAAGAAUCUGUUUCUCGAGUAUGUCUCUGCUGGGAGUGUGCUUGAUAUCAUGGGCACGUUCGGAUGCUGCGGCGGCGACAGCGGCGGCGGAGGCGGGGGGUGCGGCGGGCUGCCGGAAGCGCUGGUGCGGAAAUACGCGCGUGGGAUUGCGGAAGGGUUGGCGGAGCUGCACGCGCGCGGGAUAGUGCACUGUGACGUAAAAGCGGCGAAUGUGCUUGUUGCGGGGGGGGAGGGGGAGACGAAGCUGUGCGGGCUGGGUGUGGCGAUGCGCGCGGGGGAAGCGGCGCAGCGCAUCGCGCGCAAGCAGCGACUGCAGGGAACGUACGGCUGGAUGGCGCCGGAGGUCGUGCGACAGGAAGAUCAAGGGUUCGCAUCGGACGUUUGGUCGUUCGGGUGUACAGUGAUCGAAAUGGCGACGGGCUCACCGCCUUGGACCGGCCAACUGCCACCGGCCGGUAUAAUAGACGGCGAGUACGUUACCGAUCCGUCUCCUGACGCUCUGCUGCACGCGAUUGGUUACUCGAACGCGGCGCCGGCUAUUCCGGCGCAUCUGUCGGCGGAAGCUGUCGGGUUUUUGCGGAGAUGCCUCGAAAGGGAUCCCGCGCGCCGUCCCUCCGCCGCGCAACUGCUAGAACACCCGUUCCUCCGCGCAAGUGCGCUCGGCUCAGCGGGUGCCGCGCCCGCCGCGUACCCCAUGGCGCAGCAAACUGCGCGCCCGCCCAGUGGGGGGCGCGGAAGCGGGACUCGGCGGAAUGAGGAGAGCGCGGGACUGAGAGCAGGCGCAGGAGAAAGCUGGGCGCGACAAAGCGCAGGGGGCCGCGCAACGGGCGCGGACAAUUUCUACAGUGAAGGGCGGGAGAGAGGGGAGUGCGAGAGGGAGGAGGAGGCGGCGGAGGCGGAGGAGGCAGAGGAGGAGAUGGAGGGGUAUGGAUGGGAGGAUAUAGGGGUGAGCUUCGGUCCCAGUGGUGCUGAAGGGAUUCCCGCGUCUCGGCAUCUGAACCCUUCCUCGGGCUCUGGUGGUCUUGAUCCAACGGUCAGACGCAGAGUUGGUGCAGGUUCAGGCGGAAUUUCAGGUGGGAACUCAGGCGGAAUUUCAGGUGGGAACUCAGGUGGAAAUUCGCCUGGUAGGCUGGUGUCCCAGGGUAGCUUGCCACCAGGUGGUAACCAGUUACCACCACUUCGCAAGUCGCCACUGCAGAGGUCGCAGUCCCAGCCAGGGCAGGUGAUCCUGGCGAGCACAGGCGGAGGCGGUAACAGCAGCAACUGCAACAACUCGCAGCUGUCGCGACCCGCUUCGCAAAAACCCAUGCCGCAAGCGCCAUCCCCAUACGCACCUCCCCCCAUGCCCUCCGCCCCAGCCAAUCAGCCCAUGCCGCCCAUGCCAGCCGUAAACCUGCCGCCUGCCCCCGCGCCACUGUUCCAUCCAUCAGGCAUCCGCAUGGGCCCCCUGAUGCGGCAAAUCUCCAAGGAGCAGCUCGCGUUGCGCGCUGCCAUGGCUGCUGCAGCAGCGGAGACCGGUGGUGGCCUUGGCGGUAACCAGGAGAGGGGUGGUAACCAGGAGAGGGGUGGUAACCAGGACAGGGGCGGUAACAGUUAUGGCCAGGGGCAUGGUGUUUCCUCCCCAACGCCUGUGCCCCCCUUGCCUGGGAGGGUGGGCGCGGGGCGGGCAUCGCACCAGCGCUCCAGCUCUAGGCUCCUCUGGAGUGCUGCCAGGAGCGUCCCCGGCUCAGAUAAGCGAGUUUCAGCAUAG